AAAAGAACAUAAAAACUCAUUCUUUCUUUCUUUCUUCUUCAAGAAACGAAUGAAACAAAACUCACACACAUUGUGGAUUGCAACAGAUCCAUUCUUUAUUCUUCAAGAAUCGAAUGAAACAAACACCUCUGUGUUGGAUGUUCGGUGGUUUGUUCAAUCAUCACAAACAACAUUCAAUUUCUUCUGUUUGCUACGAUAUCUGUGAGAAAUGUACAUUUUGUGGAUCCAAAGUGUUCAUGGCUGAAGUUAUUAUUCGUGGGUUUUUGUUAGUUUUGGAUUGGUUUCUGGCGUACACCCAUGGAUACAGAGUUUCUCGGAUUGUUGCACGAAGUGAGAAGCAUAACAUGUACAUGCUGCUAGAUGUAAAUACUGAGAUUUAUCCUUUAAACAUAGGCGAAAGAUUCUUGUUGGCUUUGUCUCCAUCGCUUGUUUUAAAUACUAAGGAUAUGAAUUCAAAUAAUGUGUGUUCUAGAGUGGAUUGUUGGGCUGGCACAAGACCAAUACCACCUCCUCGACUGUAUAAGCCUCGCAUCAUCACCUAUGAAGGUUGAUCCAGUACGGACCCUUUGGAAUCAUCGUGUAUUGAACCUGAUCAACUCAAUGUCGCGUAUGGUAGGCAGGGUACUAUGGUUGAGAACCGAAGUGGACCAAGGAGGUCAAGUAGUAAGAACACAUUAAAAGCACAAAUACAAAAGGAGGCAUGAGCGGAAAUACUUGGAAUUGGAUGUUGGAGUUGUAGCGAUCGACGCCACAGGAAUAAGUAGUGUAACACCAACAAGUGGUGUGAAGAAUUCAGAAAUAGUACGUUGCUUAGUACCAGUAGUAAGAGGUACGUCUGUAGAUGCACGGACCAGACACGCUCAGUUAAAGGUAGCGUGUGUAAGCAUUUAAAGGAUUCUAGGAAAAAGAAACUUUGACUGGAAUGAAACUGAGACUGAAUAAGAACAUGUGUAACACUCUAAACCCCUUGCGUGUACUUAAUAACUUAAUUA